AUGGGGAUGCGUCGACACUCUAUUCUAUCCCUCUUCUACAUUCUAUCCGGCAAGACACACGCUGUUGCAGAUCAAGAGUGGGCGAGGCCUCUCUUCUAUCUCUCUUCUCCAUUUGGUCCAGCAAGACACGCCACCCUCCGAUCUACAACAGCGAAGCGGUACCACGAAGCGGAGCAGUGGAUGUCUGGCGAUCUGCAACGACGAUCUUCAAUAGCAAAGCGGAGCCUCUGCAACGGCGAUCUGUGCCACGAAGCGGAGCAGUGGCGGGAUGAAUCAUCUUGUUCCCAGAAUGAUGGGGAUGGAACCUCACUAGAAUAUUCAGAGAACAGGGACAUCUGCUUCAGCAAGAAACGGCCAGGGAUCGGCCUGAACCUUCUUUGGUGCACUAGAUCAUUUCUGAAGAAGAUGGAGUUGCCCAAUAUGCGAUUGAUUAAUAACAACAUCACUAACUUCGACUACGUUGUAAAUGUUGAGGAUGAUCAGAGCUGGUCACUUCCCCUGUACAAAGCAUUACUUCAAGGCGACUGGGCGACUGUGGAAGCAAUCAUCAAGGAAGAAAAAGAAGCAAUUACAGCCAGGUUAACUGCAUUUGCAGAGACACCACUCCUGGUGGCGGUUAAGGGUGGACAAAGGUUGCCGUUUAUCAAGAAACUGGUUGAUUUUAUGCCGCCUGAGGCACUUGCUUUGACAGAUUACUUCGGUAAUACAGGGCUCCACGCAGUGGCCGUGCUUGGAAAUAUUCAAGCCGCCAAGCUGUUUGUGAGGAAAAACCCAGAAUUACCAAAUAUUUGGAAUAUUGAUGGAUCUUUGCCUAUUCACUUGGCUGCAAUGAGAGGUCAUAGAGACAUGACUUUAUAUUUGUUCUCUGUCACCAGAGCAGAUGAAUACUCGAAUCCAUCUAAAGAUGAAGCUGGUGCGACGCUUAUGAAUUUCGCUAUAAAUGCUGGAUUUUAUGAUUUGGCUCUCCAUUUACUCGAACACAACCCGAAGUUGGCAUGGCAAGAUACAUCUCCUUUGGAACUGAUGGCUGAGGAACCAUCUGCUUUUCUAAGUGGAGCGCACUUAAAUAUUUGGCAGAACUUAAUCUAUUCCUGUGUUCCGAUGAAACUGAUUGUGAGGCCGGAGAAGAAGCUCCAUGAAGGCAUGAGUUUAUCUUAUUAUUCUCCCAUUAAAUGGAAUACGCGUUGCAGAAAACGAUUUUCAAGAGUAUGCAAAGAGAUGCACUUAAUACUUUGGAAAGUGCUUGAAAUGAUGGUGCCACCCCUCAAACGCGUUCGUCACAGAAAAUUUAUGCAUCAUCAAGCACUUCAACUAGUAAAACGUGUGUGCUCGGAAAUCAGAAGUUUGGAUAAUACCGAAGCUAAAUCGAUAAUUACAGGGCCCUUCCUCUUAGGGGCUCGGAAUGGAAUAAACGAGAUUGUCAAAGAAAUUCUUGAGUCCUUUCCUCAUGCAAUAACAUUUUUGGAUGAAGAGAACCAUUCAGUAUUUCAUCUUGCUGUCAUGUACCGUCACGAAAAGAUUUUCAAGAUUGUGCAUCAGCAGAGUGGACAGUACAAGAUGUCCUUAUCGCUGCUACUGGAUAACAGAAGGAACAAUAUAUUGCAUUUAGUGGGAUAUAAAGCCUGUCAUGACCGACUUGAUCUUAAACCUGGAGCUGUUCUUCUAAUGCAGCGUGAACUGCAGUGGUAUAAGGAAGUGGAGAAAUUUGUACUGCCUCAAGAAAGGAAGUCAAAGAAUUCCGAUGGGAAGACACCACUGACGAUCUUCAAUGAAGAGCACCGUGAAAUGGCUGCAUAUGAGACGCAAUGGAUCAUAAGCAUGGCAACUUCAUGCACAGUUGCAGCAUCACUCAUUGCAACAGUGGCAUUUGCUGCUGCAAUCACAGUACCUGGAGGGAACAAUACCAAUGGCCUCCCCAUUUUCUCCAAUCGGAGUUCCUUCAUAGCCUUUGCAAUUGCAGACUCUCUUGCACUUCUCUCAUCAAUUACUACUGUUAUAUCUUUCUUAUCCAUUUUCACCACCCGCUAUGCAGUAAAUGAUUUUCUUUACUCCUUGCCCAACAGAUUGAUUAUUGGCCUAAUAGCCUUGUUCCUCUCUGUAGCAUUUCUAAUGAUCGCCUUUAGUUCUACAGUAUAUCUUGUAAUUGCUCAAAAAAAUGGCCUGCUUCUCAUACCAAUAAUCAUAUUGACUUGUGUACCAGGUACCUUGUUCACCUACCUUCAGCUUCCUCCCCUCCUUGAUAUGAUCAAAUCCACACACGGUCCCAGCAUUUUUGAGGGCUUUCAAGCUGCCCGUCAGGGCAUUUCUUCAGGGGAGAGCAGACAAGCCAGUUAUUACCAUAAGGGGUCCUUCAUCUUGCCCACGCGACCACCGCAGCACGCGCCGUCACCCUUGGAGAUCUCUCCUUUCGCAGUGGCUCCGGCAAUCACAGCCUGGGACAAGGCAGAUUCCACAUCCUCAGUCUCAAGGUAG